GCUCGCAGCAGCAGCCGGUGGUGCUGACUUCACUGUCUGUGUCCCUCUCCCUCAUCUCUCACUCGCUCUCUCGCUUUGCAGCCCUUCUCUCUCUCUCACACCCUCACACCGUUUCUCGCGCGCUCCUACAUCCAUCUUGCUGCAGACAUGGCCGAUGUUUUCUCAGGAACGUGGAAUCUGAAGGAAAGCGUCAGCUUUGACGAAUACAUGAAGGAGCUUGGUGUGGGCUUUGCUACUCGCAAGAUUGGCAACUUGACCAAGCCCACCACCAUCAUCGCAGUGGAAGGCAACACAGUAACAGUGAAGACACAGAGUGCAGUGAAGAACACAGAGCUCAGCUUCAAGCUUGGAGAGGAGUUUGACGAGACCACUGCAGAUGACAGGAAAGUUAAGUCCCUUGUAACAGUAGAUGACGGGAAACUGGUGCAUGUACAGAAGUGGGAUGGCAAAGAGACAAGUCUGGUCAGGGAAGUCUCCGGCAACAAACUUACACUGACACUCACAAUGGGAGCAGUGGUUUCUACGCGUCACUACGAGAAGGCAGAGUAAAACAACACACUGACACCUUCCUUCAGCAUCUGCUUGCAUCAGCUAAAGCCCUGCGUUCCUGACUCAACAUCAUCUCAGCCCCAGCCAAGAAGCCCCCCUAUAUCUCCUCAAUUUACCUUUGUGCUGUGCAAACAGUAUUAACAUUUCUGCAGGCUGUGACUUCCCGUUCUCCAUGUUCCUCUGUCAAAACUCUUUUCCUUCUACUGUUAAGAAACACUGAAUGAAUUCCAAUGAUUUGUUGUUGUUUUCUUCUCUAAAACCCCAGGUCUUUUUUUUGUUAAGACAAUGUGUAAUGCAUGGUGCCUAUGAUAAACCUGCAGUGUUACAAUUUGAAAGUUUGCUAUGAAGACCUAAAAAAUAAGUGUGUACACUAUUAAAAGAAAUGGAUAAACAAUGAAA